UUGCAUCUCUAUUUCAAUCCCACUCCCAACUCUAUUUCCGCUCUUUCUUUUUUGCACCGUUCGCCACUCAACAUGACGAAGGGUACAUCCAGCUUUGGUAAACGCCACAACAAGACGCACACCCUGUGCCGUCGCUGUGGCCGCAGCUCCUACCACAUCCAGAAGUCGACGUGCGCCCAGUGCGGCUACCCCGCCGCCAAGUUGCGUUCCUACAACUGGUCGGUGAAGGCCAAGAGGAGGAAGACCACCGGCACCGGUCGCAUGCGCCACCUGAAGGUUGUGCGCCGUCGCUUCCGCAACGGAUUCCGCGAGGGAACCCAGGCCAAGCCCAAGAAGGCCGUCCAGGCCGGCAAAUAGGCAGGGAUGCUUCUCCUUCGUCACCCACAACAUAAAUUAGCUGAUAAAUCUUCAGAAAUGGCAGCCGGCAGAGCCGAAAAGCCCCAACAACCAACUGUCGCCGCCGGCAAGCUAAUAAAAGAUCGAGGAUAAUAAA